AUGACACGUAAAUGUUACUACUGCAAGGCGGGAAUGCCUGAAAUAACUGCAGGUAGUGAAAAUGACUCGCAGUGUGAAAAGUGUAAGAAGAAUGAGGAGAAAUAUAAAACAAAGCCAACAAUAUGUAUGUAUUGCCAGCUACAAGCUGCUUUCGUUGCUAACAAAUGUGUUUGGUGUUGCCAUGCUGAGAGGAAGUAUGGUUUACCGGUGCAAUGUUCUCAGUGCCUUCAGAAAUCAGCCUUUGUUCGAGAACCCUCACAAAAGGACAAACCGCUAUAUUGUCGUUUAUGUACAAUGUCUAGAAAGGCAAUGUUUGGAGAAGCUUCAACAUAUAGCAAUAUGCCAAAGUCAAAAAGUAGCAGUCAUUCAAAGCGAAACAGACUGAGCUCUUCUGAAAACAGGGGAGGAAAAGUAUCAAAGCGAAAUGCUAUGACAGAAACAACGCUAGAUAAUGCUCAUUCGGAACACAUCUUUGUCAUUCAACAAUAUAAGGACGAAAUUUUAGAGUUGCAGAAGAAAUGCUUUGAAAAAGACAGAAUUAUACUGGAAAGAGAUAAGAAGAUUGCGGAAUUGAAUGCUGAAAUAAUAAUGCAAGAACAACAAGGACGAAUGAAAAUAAACAUGAUGCAAAAGCAACACGCCGAAUCGUUGCAAUCACUUCAUGAUCAGAUACGAACUUUAAACAAACAAGUGCGGCAGUUGCAGAAAGGAUUUUAA